AUGAACUUUGGCAUUCCAGGCACUGGCGCCGGUCCUUCUAAUACAAGAGGUGGUAUAUCAAUCUCGGCUCAAGCUAAGCCCGUCGUUGUUCCUCUUUCUUCUGAGAUACUUAACAAAUAUCGACCUGCAAGACACUUUAAAGAUGCUGUUGACGUCGAAGCUUCAUCCUCAACAACACCUACAUUCCCCUCAUUCGAUACUAAUGCGUCACGAACAAACCAAGGAAAAAAUAUAACCAGUCUGUCCUUCGAUGAUAGUGGUGAUAGGAUGGUAUCAGCUGGAGACGACGAUAUGUUCGUUUUGUGGGAUUGUAAAAAAGGAAAAAAGCUCAAACCACUCUAUUCUCGAAAAUACGGCAUUGACCUCCCUCGUUUCACUCAUAAAGCAGGAAAUAUAGUUCACGCUUCGACAAAAGGGGAUGAUCAUGCUGUUAGAUACCAUUCGAUGCAUGAUAACAAGUAUUUGGCCUAUUAUAAGGGGCAUGAAGCUAGGGUCCGCUCAGUCGAUAUGAGUCCAACAGAUGACACCUUCAUCACGGCUGGAGAUGAUGGCACCGUCAGGUUAUGGGAUCUUCGGGCGACUGGAUGCAAAGGCUUGGUUAACGGUGUUGGGGGUUCAGCGAUAGCAGCAAUAGACAAUCAAGGGAUAGUGUUCGCUGUCGCAUGUUCAGCCACGCAAACAAUAUUGAUGUAUGCUACUGCUACUUUGGAUAGGGUCCCAUUCUUAUACGUGCCGUUGAACGAUAUAGCUUUCGCAAAAGAUGCCAUACCGCCGCCCAAACCCAUUUUUACUUCAAUCUCAUUUUCCUCAAACGGACAUUAUCUUCUGAUCGGCACUUCAUCAGACGUUCACUAUCUGUUAGAUGCACUCGACCUCAUUCCAUUAAGGAGAUUAGUGGGUCAUCAAGGAUUAGAAAGGGAUAAAGAAGGUAUCAGAGGAUUUCAGCCGAGACGUGGUAACAGUGGAGAAGAAGUGUCCUUCACUUCGGAUAGCCAAUGGAUUGUGUCAGGUUCUGCAGAUGGUAAUGUGAUAUUUUGGGACCUGAGACCUCAAAUUGAAGGAGAAACGAAAUUGACCAGAGUGGAAUUGACGAAUGGGAAAGAAGCAAAAGAUAUACCGUGGCAUACUUUACCUAUACCGGAAAUACAACCGAAAGUGGUACUGAAAGGUGGUAAUGGAGUUAGUAGAGCUGUUAGAUUUAACCCUAGAUUGUCGAUGUUUGCUGUUGGAGGUGAAGAUCUGACAUUCUGGUUGCCUGAAAAAGAUGAAGAUGCGAAAGUACAAGAAGGUUGGUGA